AUGAAGGAACUGCUAUUAGUUGUGCUAUUUUGUACGAUAUUUACUUCAUCAGAAGAAGUCAUAAUAUCGAGUAUACCAAGUCAUCUCAUAGAAUGUUACCAAAAUGGAGGUCCUAUACUAAGUGCUCCUCGAAGGCUUGAUGUAUUUAUUUCACUUAUAAGACGAUUGGAACUAAACUCUCGACUUGACAUGCGAUUGUUUAGUGCAGCCUUACUAAGAAGCCUUCGCCUCGACGGUAUUGAGGAAGCUGCUAAUACCGUUGGAUCUGAAUUCGUUUUACCCUUCAGAGCUUCCGCAUUUCAAUUUCAUAAAUAUAAGCUGCUUAUGGAGUUGUUUUUACCAAGCCAAUCGGAUAUUAUCAAUGUGGACGAAUGGCUUAAUAAUAUAGAAAAAUGUUUGCUACAUAAAAUGCUCAGCUCAACUGUAAGGCCAUGGGAGAGAGGUGAUGAAAGCCUAGUUUGUCCAUUAACUGUACAAAAUCGACAGUCCAUGGCACAAAGCGCAAAUAGAAUAUACAGCAGAUGUCCAAUAGAAGAAGGAGUUAUCAAAACUGAUUGGGGCACAAUAUCUCCAGGAAUAUUAGUAGCAGCUCUCGCCUCCUCUUUAGAAGCUCAACGAGUGAGCAUCAGUGAUAUUUUAACCGCUAAAAUAUUCAAGGAAGAAAUAUCACAGGCUUUGUUAGAUUCAGCAAUAGACGAUUGGCACAUACAGAAUGAAGCAUUUGACAUCGAUGGACAGGAUAAUGACUCAGAUUCUGAUAUUAGCAAUAUCUGGGUUGCGACAUUGGCAGGAGAUUUAGCAGAGGUAGUAGUAAAUCAGGGGCCCAGAGUUGGAGCGUCGUCACAACGGCUGUUAGUAGGCAGUAGCAAUAGAUGGAACGACACGAUGCUACCUCGCAAUUAUUAUAUAUUCCCACCAAAUGGAACUUUACCCAAUUGGCAUUUCACUGAUGCAGAAAUUUUAGCGGGCAUUGAUGGCCUCAUAUUAGCUAACUAUUUACCAACAUGGGUUGGACAAAGGAGAAGUUUACGGUUAUCACAAGUGAUAGAGAUGUACUAUUCCAAUGAAGGGGUAUCUUUUGAGCCGACUGUCCGAGCGUGCAACAGACACGCGUUGUUUUCCAGAAUAGUAAACAGCUCACAAUUGUUGGGAGAAACUUCUAGAUUCGCACAUAUCCUGUCUUUACAACAAAUAACUGUUUAUAUUCCUAAGGAGGAAAUGUUAAGGUUCACCGAGGCCGCCGUCACCGCGUUUGAGAAUUAUGUUCCAUUGUUGUUGAGGCAAUACCAUCAGGAAUGCCGAGCGAGCUCCAGUGUGCCAGUCAUAGACUUGAUUGUGGCUACUGAUGGAAGCUGGAAGGGUUAUGAAGUAGAACAAUUUAUGUCGUGGAUAGGAGGUGCUUUGGAAAUAGAGACGCAACGCAGCACUAUAGGCUUGCUGCACGGCAACACCGGACAAUGGAUUGUGCCGCCUGUACAUAAUUUGACUUCAUUAUUUACUACAAUCACAAAUAGUACUAUCGAAUGGCCGAAUCGUCUAAAUUUACCCAAUGUCUUAUCAAGAAUCAUUCAAUAUAGUCGAAACCAAACCUUAAAAGAUAUAACCGACAAAAGAAGCGCCAGCCAUAACGCUGUAGUCCUCAUCAUAAGUCCUAUAGAUCAGCCUUCUGUUGAUGAUCUGGAAAGGGGAAGAGUUCUAAUGAAUUCAUUGCGAAGUACCUUCUUCGAUAUCUACUUCGCCUACGUCUCACAAGAUAUGUCUACAUUUCAGAAUAUCAAUAACGCAUAUCUUGAUUACUCAGAAAUGUUUCUAACGGUAAAUUCAAAUUCUGUAAAAGAUGUUAUUAGUGCAAUAGAAGAGAAUCUAGUAAAAAGUAUUAUACCAUCUAGAAUAUUCGGUGGGCAAUGUCCAGUCAACGGCACUGAGUUCUAUCAGGUGCCAUACGAGGACUACGUGUUGCCGGGCCGCGAGCAACAGUACCGCAUCCAUCCAUUCUACUUGAAACAACAACCGAUUGUCCACCUACAAUUCCGUAACGAUGGUCAAGGACAGAUAUUGGCGUGUAUGUGGCGAGGAGCGGAAGUAUCACGCAGCUGCCAUAUAAUAAAUGAAAGGGAUAUUUAUAUAUUCAACCUUACCGACCCGUGUCCUUCGCCAGAAUUUUGUCUGCCAGCGCAUUUUGCAGUAACUGCAAUGAAAACACAAAACUUAUGUGCACAUAACGAAUGUCGCCUGCCACAUCAAGUGGGUUAUUACAUACAACAUUCAGGUUUUCGAUGCCUGCCGCUGCUCGGCGCCGCGGCCACUCUGUCGCCAUAUUGGAAAGUGUACAUCGGACUUUCUCUCGUGAUCUCAUUAUUAUAUUCACAU